AUGUAUCUUGCUAUUAUUUGUUUGUACUUGGCAGCCAGCGUGCUGGGCCAACGCCCCGGGAACGUCAUUGCUGAGAACGCCGUGUCGAUGCCCAUGCAGACCUGCACCAAGGGCGGCUGCACUCUGGAGAACACCAAGGUCGUGCUAGAUGCCAACUGGCGCUGGAUCCAUACAAACUCCGGCUACACCAAUUGUUACAACGGCAACCAGUGGGAUCCCAAGUACUGCCCGGAUGGCAAGAAGUGCGUUCAAAAUUGUGUGUUGGAAGGUGCCGACUACCAGAAGACGUACGGCAUCUCGUCGCCAUCCAGUGGCUCUCUGAAACUCAACUUUGUGACAAACACUCCCAACGGCAAGACCGUUGGUUCGCGAGUCUACUUGUUGGCGCCAAACAACAACUACCGCACGUUCAACUUGCUCAAUAGGGAGUUCUCUUUUGAUGUCGAUGUUAGCAAUCUACCUUGUGGUCUCAAUGGCGCUCUCUACUUCAGUCAGAUGGACGCCGAUGGCGGGAUGUCAAAGCAUUCCGGCAACAAAGCUGGUGCAAAGUACGGCACUGGGUACUGUGAUGCUCAGUGUCCGCAAGACAUCAAGUUCAUCAACGGCGAGGCCAACGUGAACAACUGGAACAGGAAUUCUGGAUUUGGGAACUACGGCUCCUGUUGCCCCGAGAUGGAUAUCUGGGAGGCGAACUCGGACUCGACGGCCUACACUCCUCAUCCGUGCAGGACGCUAGGUCAAUCACGCUGCUCGGGAAACUCGCAGUGCGGUGCCGGUAACAGCCGUUACAACAACGUCUGCGACAGAGACGGCUGUGACUUCAACCCUUAUCGCCUGGGCAACCAGAACUUCUUCGGACCCGGCAAGCAGGUCGACACCCGCAGGCCCUUCACCGUUGUGACGCAGUUCGUCACGAGCAACGGCCAGGACAACGGCCAGCUGAAGGAGAUCAGGCGUCUCUACGUCCAGAACGGCAAGGUCGUUCAAAAUGUCAAGACCAACAUCAAGGGUGUCAGUGCUACCAACGUCAUCAGUGACGCCUACUGCAAGAAUGUCAAGUCUGCGUUUGGUGACAGGAAUUACUUCGGCGAGGUCGGCGGCAUGGGCCGCAUGGGCCAGGCGCUCAAGAGUAUGGUGCUGGUCCUGAGUGUUUGGGAUGACCAUGUUGCUGGCAUGAAGUGGCUUGACAGCCGAUACCCCGACAAUGGAUUGCCCUCCAAGGCCGGCGUCAUGCGCGGCCGUUGCAGUCCUUCCUCUGGGGAUCCAAACACUCUCGAGUCGCAGAGUCCCGGAUCCUCUGUAACAUAUUCAAACAUCAAGCAGUUUGGAACCAUGGGCUCGACUUACAAAUCGUAA